AUGAAAGCCGUUAUAUACAACGGAGACAGUAAGAUCGCAGUCGAAGAUCGUCCGAAACCGAUGAUUUUGGAACCCACCGACGCUAUCAUCAAGGUUGUUCAUACCACUAUUUGUGGGACAGACUUGCACAUUCUACAAGGCCACGUUCCGACAUGUAUUCCAGGCCGCGUCCUUGGCCAUGAAGGAGUGGGCCUCGUUCAAUCUCUCGGUCCUGCUGUUAGGAACUUCACCGUCGGCCAAAUGGUGCUCAUCUCCUGCAUCACCAGCUGUGGAAUGUGUCAUUACUGCCGCAGAAAGAUGCCAUCCCAAUGCGAAUCCGGCGGUUGGAUCCUAGGAAAUAAGAUUGACGGUACCCAGGCUGAGUAUGUUCGCAUUCCUCAUGCACCGUUCUCCCUGCAUGUGCUGCCGGAGAGCAUCGAUCGGAAAGUUGCGGUCACCUUAUCCGACACGGUCCCGACUUCUUAUGAGUGUGGAAUCUUGAACGGCGAUAUUAAACCUGGGUCUUCUGUCGCAAUCAUAGGAACAGGCCCUAUUGGGUUGAUGAUCCUCCAAAUGGCGAAGAAUCUGUUCGGGCCGUCGAUGACGGCGGUAAUUGGCAGGGGUAUUCCAAGGCUUGAGACGGCAAAGUCCAUGGGCGCCGACCACACAUUUAGUAUUAUUGAGGGACACGAUGCUGUGAUGUCUUCAGCUCUAGCAGCGACCAAGGACCGAGGGUUUGAUGUUGUUAUCGAAGCAGUCGGGACACCUGAGUCUUUCGAAAUUGCACAAGGUCUGGUAGGCGCUGGGGGAACUAUCGCUAGUUUGGGCGUCUUUGGCGAGUCGUGCAAACUGCACCUGGAAAAGCUGUGGAGUCGCAAUAUCUGUUUGAGGACUCGCCUCAUUGAUGCCAUUACUACUCCGGAUCUACUGAAGAUGGUUGAAGCCGGUGGCAUUGAUCCCAAAUUCCUAGUUUCACACAGUUUUACAUUUGAUGAUAUUCACAAUGCAUACGAAGCAUUCGAGGCAUCUUCCAAGCAUGGCGCCCUGAAGGUAGUAGUCACCAUGCCCGAUCUUGUUAUGAAUGGCUCUUCCUAG